CCCCCCUCCCUCCCCUCCCCUCCAAGAUCCGUUUACUUACCGGUUUGUGUACUGUUUGUACUUUUGUUUUAUCCGAAAAGUUUUGUGAAGUUUUGAUUCUUUUCGUUUUGAGUUGCAUUGUCCUUUACGCUUCACUUUAUCGCUGAUUGUUGGAAGCAAUCAGCUGUUUCAUUAUUCUAAAUUAUUUCACAGAAACGAUGUCUGAUGAUGAGGACAUUCAGUAUGUCAAAAAGACUAAAACCAUUCACUAUGCAUCCUUGGAGGAACAAGAGCGGACAAGGCAAGCUACAGAGAUGGCCAGAGAAGACAGUGACGAUGAUGACUCUGACAAGGAAGGGCAGUCCAUGGACUUUGGAAAUAUUAACACACAUGAUGAAUACUUUGACUUGGAGGAGGAAAUGUCCAAAGACAAACAAGCACUUUUAGAGGAAUUUGAAAGGCGUAAGAAGGCACGCCAAAUUAAUGUUCCAACAGACGAUGGAGAAGUUAAAAAGAAUUUAAGACAGUUAGGAGAACCAAUAUGUUUGUUUGGAGAGGGCCCUGCAGAACGGAGAAGUCGCUUGAGAGAUUGGCUCUCCAGACUUGGAGAUGAUGCAAUUAAGAGAAAACAAGAACAGGAAGAGGAACGAAUUCAGCAAGAAAAAGAUCAGGAAUCAACAUGGUAUCAUGAAGGUCCUGAGUCAUUGAAGGUUUCUCGUUUGUGGCUUGCUCAGUAUUCAUUAGUUCGUGCUCGAGAGCGUCUGGAGGCAGCUCGUGAAGAACUGAAGCUCCCAGAAGCUACAAGGACUGCUCAUCGUCAAGAGGUUCACAAGAGGCUUCAAGCAGUGUCUAUUUUUGCCUCACAGAUUGGAGACACCAGACCUAUCUCCUAUUGUCAAUUCAGUCCUAACUCAAAAAUGCUUGCUACUGGAUCUUGGAGUGGUAUGUGCAAGAUUUGGUCUAUACCAGAAUGUGAACAAAUUCACACACUCAGAGGUCAUCAGUGCAAUGUUGGAGCAGUCAUUUUUCAUCCAAAUGCUACUCAAGACAAUGCAAAUCAGGCUGUUUGUGCUCUUGCAUCAUGUGCUGCUGAUGGUUCAGUGAAACUGUGGACGUUAGAAAGUGAAGAGCCGCUUGCUGAUGUAGAGGGCCAUGCUCCACAUAGAGUUUCACGAAUUGGAUUCCAUCCCUCAGGGCGGUUCUUAGGAACGUGUUGUUUUGACAACUCAUGGAGGUUGUGGGAUCUUGAACAGUGCUCUGAAGUUCUGCACCAAGAAGGCCACACAAAGCCUGUGUAUUGUUUAUCUUUUCAGAGAGAUGGAUCAGUGGCUGCAACAGGUGGACUUGAUGCAUUUGGAAGAGUGUGGGACCUUCGGACUGGACGUUGCAUCAUGUUUAUGGAAGGGCACCUUAAAGCAAUUUAUGGUGUUGAUUUUUCUCCUGAUGGUUAUCACAUUGCUACUGGCAGUGAAGAUAAUACAUGCCGUAUUUGGGACCUUCGCAAACGCCAGUGUAUAUAUACAAUUCCUGCUCACACUAAUCUAGUAUCUGAUGUCAAAUACCAGAGGGAGAAUGGCACAUUUUUGGUCUCUGCAUCUUAUGACAAUACUGCCAAGGUUUGGUCUAAUAAGACAUUCCAGCCUGUAAAGACCCUCUCAGGACAUGAUGGUAAAGUAAUGUGUGUAGAUGUAUCACCUGACACUCAGUAUAUAGCUACUUGUUCGUAUGACAGGACUUUCAAAUUGUGGGCACCUGAAUAAUAAUGUACAUAUGUCUAAAGAACUGAUAAAUGUAACAAUUUAAUAAUGAAGUAAAAAAGAAUUUUCUUGACACUGUAA